GGUGCGGGAAUCCCGCGGUGCAGUCUGGGCCUCCGCCUCCGUUACCCUGGAGCCGAAGUCGCCGUGCCGCUGCCACCCCGGAGCCGCGGUCCCCGCCCCUGCCCCUUCCCAGUGCUCAAACUUCCCGUACCCCGGCAGCCUCGGCACCCGCCCGCAGCUUCCACAGGACCCUGGCACCAGCACUUUGGCGACCAGACGCCGGGCCCCGGCUAGGAAUUCGGUCCAGGAAAGGAAGGCAAGGAGGCGGGACGCCGCGUCGGUCUCCCGAAAAACCGAGGAGGCUUGGGGGGAAUAAAGUGUGUCUCCUGGUUGCUAAUGCGAAUUGUGGACUAAGUAUAUACUGUGGAGAAAAUAAAUUGAACAGAAAUAAUACUAUGAAGACGAUGAAAAUGAUCUUCAGUGUUGUCAUCAAUCUGUGAAUUUAUGUGACUAGAGACGAUUUUUCAAAACAAUGGGGGAAAGAGCGAAAAGUCCAGAUGCUGAUCAAGAAAGAAAAGCAGACAAACACCAUUGCUCUAAUUAUUCCUCUGAUUUUGGAACUACAUCCCCGUCUUCUGGUCAGUCAUCGCCAGUCAGUCCUUCUCCACCUACAAUUAUUAAGGGAAAAAAUACUAAAAAACAAGUAUCAGAUAACCAAGUAUAUUGUCAAUCCCCCAGGAAACCGAGCCCUAAGGGGCUAUCAAACAAAAGAGGAGUCCAAGUGGGAUUUCGUUCCCAAAGCCUCAAUAGAGAGCCACUUCGGAAAAAUCCUGAUAUUGUCACAAAACGGGUUCUUUCUGCAAGACUGCUAAAAAUCAAUGAGUUGCAGAAUGAAGUAUCUGAACUCCAGGUCAAGUUAGCUGAGCUGCUAAAAGAAAAUAAGGCUUUGAAAAGGCUUCAGUACAGACAGGAGAAAGCCCUGAAUAAGUUUGAAGAUGCAGAACAUGAAAUCUCACAACUUGUAAUUCGCCAUAACAAUGAGAUUACAGCACUCAAAGAACGCUUAAGAAAAUCUCAAGAGAAAGAACGAGCAACUGAGAAAAAGGUGAAAGAUACAGAAGGUGAACUAUUUAGGACAAAAUUUUCCUUACAGAAACUGCAAAAGAUCUCCGAAGCUAGACACCUACCUGAACGAGAUGAUUUAGCAAAGAAACUAGUUUCAGCAGAGUUAAAGUUAGAUGACACCGAGAGAAGAAUUAAGGAAUUAUCGAAAAACCUUGAACUAAGUACUAACAGUUUUCAACGACAGUUGCUUGCUGAAAGGAAAAGGGCAUAUGAGGCUCAUGAUGAAAAUAAAGUUCUUCAAAAGGAGUUACAACGACUAUAUCACAAAUUAAAGGAAAAGGAGAGAGAACUGGACAUAAAAAACAUAUAUUCUAAUCGCCUGCCAAAGUCUUUUCCAAAGAAAGAAAAAGAAAUUACACCAAGGAAGAAUGCUGCAUGCCAGAGCGAUUUUACAGACCUGUGUACAAAAGAAGUACAAACAAUUGAAGACUGUGAGCUGGAAGAAUUACCUGUAACACCACAAACAAUUAUGAGUUGUGAAAAUAAAUGGGAAGAACCAGAACAUCUUACUUUGAAUCUGGAAUUCCAAGAGCAAGAUAAACAUGAAGAAGCAGGAAUUCUAAACCCAAUUGUGAAUGAAGAAGAAAAAUGCAUUAAAGAUCAGGGACUACAAAUUGUGAAACAGGAGAUCGAGAAACUAAAGGACGAAUGGGAAAGAGAAGAACUCAAUAAAAAGCAGAAAGAGGGAGAAGAAAAGCCUGAGUUGGAGACUGGAAGAUACCAAGUGGAAAUGUAUCAGAUUCAACGUAUUGAUAAAUUGGAAGAAGAAGAAGAAGAAGAAAGACUGAAGAGAGAAAUGCUUCUUGCUAAACUGAAUGAAAUCAACAGAGAACUUCAAGAUUCUCAGAAUCUAAAAUGCCCUCUUUUGCCAUUAAUACCUGAUUUGGGAUCAAAACUGCAUUCCUCAGAGAAAAACUCCAAAACAUACGUGUUCUCUGAAUCCACAGAGAGAUUAUUUAAUGGGCAUCAUAUGCAAGACAUCAGUUUUUUAACUCCAAAAGUAGAGGGUCGGAAUUUAGGAAAUAUUAGAAGUCCAACCUCUCCAAAUGAAUUUGCAUUUGGUAGCUAUGUGCCUUCAUUUGCAAAAACAUCAGGGAAGUCAAAUCCAUUCAGCCAAAAAAGUGGCCUUUUGGAUUUCAAAAAAACCAGUAUGGAAGACCUUAGUAAAGACAGUGCGGAUUUCAUUGCAAGAAAAGAGAAAAAAGCCAAUUUGAUGGAACAGCUAUUUGGUACCAGUGGCAGCAGUCCCAUUUCCUCUAAAAGCAGUAACCCAAGUUCUCUGGCUGCCAGCAAAGGAGACUUUGACUCUCUAAAUCUUCUCCCUGGAGAUAAAAGCAGCAGGGGUAGAGAGCAUGAUGAAGAUGAAGACUAUUUCCUUGGUGAAGGAAAAAGUUUUAAUUCAAAUAGACAUCGAUUAAAGCAUGCAAACAAUAAACCAGCAGUAAAAGCAGUUGAUUCUGUAGAAGAUGAAAUUGAAGAAGUAGCACUGAGAUGACUGACUAGAGUAUACUUUUUUGAAUUGUAAAUAUUAACAUAUUUUAAUACAGUAUUUAUGAUAAACAUUUAGACUUUUUGAUGUUAAAAGUUCCUCAUUAAGGAAUGAUUUCUAGUAGCUAAAUACGUUUUUUAAAAGUAUUUUUUAAAAAGUAUAUCCACACGACAUAGGUAGUUUGCCAGGAAUGAAGAAGGCUUUUUUGAGUGAAACCAAAAAUAGAGAUUCUCUUACUUCAUGUUGACUUUUUACUUACAAAUAGGUUUUAUCUCUUAAACUAGCUGUAUGGGAAGUUUUACUUCAUUGGAAAUCAUUUAUUUUCUACUUUUUAUCCCUAUUUAUUUUGAUCAAAUUCUCACUGAGCUAAAUAUAAUCUUCCCACUGAUUACUGAAUGAAAAUUAAGAGUGAAUGACUUUGUAGUGGGAAAGGAAGGUCCCAGGUGGUAGAGAUCUGGUGCUAUGUAGAAGCCUGCUUUUUAUGGGUUAGGGGUAAAGGUCCCUCCCUGUCUUAAGUGGCAAGACUGAGCUAUUCUUGAGUGGUAGCUGUGACAACAUUAGGACUCCCCAUUCCUCUGAAAGUACUCACAGUUAAACACUACUCUUUUACAAUAUCCUGAAAUCACUUAACUACAAUUCUACUAGCAUCUUAGAUGGAAUUCAGAAGACAGUUCUGUACAUGGACAGUUCUUCUCUGGCAUGACUCCCAGAGGUCUGGGUACAGUGUAAUUCUCCUUGUUCUCAUACAUUCUUUAUGUCUCAGUGACUGGGGGUAAGAUUUCAUACCAAAUACAAGAAAUAGAAAAGAUUUUCAACUCAAUUAUGUUUCCAGAGUAGUAUCAUUUGGAAAGUUUAAUACUUUUAAGAUUUGAGCUUGCCCUCAAACCAAGGAGACAACAAUAGUGUAAUACUAAUUGGACUUACAAGACUAAUUUUAAAGCAGCCUUGGAUAAAGACUUUUUUGGAGGGCUUCUGCCCUACAAAGUAGGUUGGAUAGUUUUCUGUAGAAAUGCAUUGGUUUUCUUUUGGUUAUUUGCAGUUCACUUCAGCUGCCAAGGAAUAUGCUGGGUGUGAUUGGUUUUUAAUAAUGUACAACCCCAACCAAGGACAAAACACUGUUAAAAUGAAGAUUGGAGGAAAGAGUGUAUACAGAAGAAUAAAAACUUCAGUUUGACAGUUAUUCCAAAGUGAGCUGUUUUUUCAAGAGUUAUCUGUAUAAUUUGCUCAUAGUAUGGUUUCUGAUGCUAAGCAUGUAUACUGAUGAGGGGAAAGAAUUAUUAGUGUAUCUAGAGCUCUUACAAAUGCUUAUUAGUGAAUAUCAUUUCAUGACUUAUUUAAUAAGACUUAUCUGUUUAGGCCUCUAAUUAAAAGAUGUACCACCUAUCAUCUUCUGAAUUGUGUUCCUGUCGUUUAUUAGGAACAGAAACUCUGCAUUUAGUACAUUGCAAAUCAUUCUAAUAUGUGUAAAAAAACACAACAGUAUUUAUAAAAUAUUAUUAUGUAAUAAUUUUGUUCAUAACUGCUAAUCUUCUGCCAAAAGUAUUCUAAUUUUUACAUCGUUUUAUUUUAAAGACCUAAAGCCUUUUAGGAAAGUUUUUUUAUUCAGGUUAUUUUAAUUAGGCCCUUCUUUUUUUCUACAUGAUAUCUUUAACUAGAUGUAAUAAGACAAUUAUUAAAACUAAACCUAAAAUUGAGGUGUAGACUUAAAAACAUUAUGGCAUUAAAUAUUAAAAUUGGAAAUUAAAAUGUACAGAACAGGGUUUUUUUUUAAUGGACAAACUUUAGAGAGUGAAUCAUUUUUUCUAAAUGUCAAGUUAAAUUUAUUUGUACUUAAAACUCUUGUUAAUAAAAAUUAAAAACUUACUAUGACUCUUUAUUUGCAUGAUAUCUUAGGUUACUUAGAAAUAUGUAGUAGAAACAGGAAUGGCAGGGUUAAUUUUUAUUUCAUUAUUCAUGUUUCUUUUUCCUGUCCAGUAUUUUUAGUUGAAAUAGAUGAAUUUGCCCUAAGUCAGGUUAGAAGGUAUGCUAGUCUUAUCAGAUAAUUAUAGUUUUAAUUAAUUCUUUCACUCUUUAAUAGCUAUCAUAAUGUAUCAUAAUGGCAC